AUGCAGCCGUCUCUGCUGGCACGGCCGUGCGGCAGCGAGGGAGGCGAGGCAGAUCGGGGCGGGGAGCAGCGCAUGGGCGCCGCGGCGGGCUGCGAUGGCGGCGAGCGGGCGCGCGGGGGUGAGGCGAGGAGUGAAAGCAACGGCGGCGGCGAGGACGAGAGGUGGUGCGGGAUCUGCCUGGACGACGUGGGGGCGCGCGCGCUGCAGCAGGGCGCGCUGGACUGCUGCGACCACCUCUUCUGCUUCCCCUGCAUCCUCAAGUGGUCGCAGGUGGAGUCGCGCUGUCCGCUCUGCAAGCGCCGCUUCACUCGCAUCCGCCGCCUCGCGCCGCCCUCGCACGGCCGUGGAGCUGGCGGGGCGGGCAGUGGCGGGGAGAGCAGCGAGAGGGAGGGGCAGGCGGGCGAGGAGGGCGAGGGCGGGGCGGGCGGCAGACGGCGGUCGGCCAGGGCAGUGACGAUCCGAGUGCCGCUGAGGGACCAGUCGAGAACAGUGGACACUGAAGCCGAUGCUGAGCUGGCAGCCGAGCUGGCAUCAGCUGACCUGGCAACGGCAGCAGCAGCGUCAGGUGGAGCGUUGCAGGCGUACAGCGAUGCGGGGUGCAUGGUGUGUGGCGGCAGCGGCGACGAGCGGGUGCUGCUGCUGUGCGACCGCUGUGACGGCGCGGCGCACACGUACUGCGUGGGGCUGGGCUCCUCCGUGCCCCGCGGCGACUGGCUCUGCCCUCCCUGCGUCUCCGCUGUCGCCCGCAUGCUCGGUGGCGACGCACAGCAGGGCGCGCAGGGGGCGCAGAGGGCACAAGGGGCAGCGAUGCCAGGGAGGGGAGGAAGGGGGUUGAGCAGGGAGCGAGGUGGGGGGAUGGGGCUGGGCGUGGGACGAGGAGUGGGAAGCUCUGUGGUGGCGGAGAGCGACGACGACAGCGGGUGGGAGUAUGAAGAGGAUGUGGAGGAUGGGGACGGCGAGUAUGCGAGUGAGGAGGAUGAGGAUGAGGGGGAGUGGAGUGAGAGCGAGGGGGAAGAGGAGGCCGAGGACGAUGUUGAGGGUGAUGAGGGUGCGGAUGGUGGCAGCAGCAGCAGUGUCGGGGGCAGUGAGGACGAGAGCAUAGCAGCGCGCAUAUGCGCUGGCAGGUACACCCCCUCCUCCUCCUCCACCGCUGCUGCUGCUGCGCCUGCCCGCCCCGCCCCUGCAGGUGCGGUGGGCAGUGGGGCAGCAUCGGGCAGCAGGAAGCGCAAGGCAGGGCGGAGUGGGGGCAGGCGCGUGAAGCGGCGCAGGACAGCAGCGACAGCAGGCGCAGGUGGCGGGGGUGUGGUCAGGGGCAGGAAGCGGCGGGUGAAGGUGAGGAGAAGGAGAGUGAGGAGGAAGGCGAGGACAGUGGCAGGCAGCAGGAGGAGCGGUGGCAGUGGUGCAGGCAGGGCUGGUGCGUUCACGUCAAGUGCCCUGCGCGUGCUGGCAGCAGGGGUGGCGGCCAGGCAGAGGCAGCAGCUGGCACAGCUGAGGAGCAACAGCCGGUGGGCGGCAGGGGGGGCAGGGGGAGCGGCAGGUCAGCACGGCAGCAGCAGCGCUGGCACCCAUGGUGGGCUUGCAGCAGCUGCUGCCACGGGUGUCCCUGCCGCUGCUACUGCUUCUGCCGCCCCUCCCAUGCGUGCAUCCCCCCCAUCCAUCCACGACAUUGUGAGCCCCGCCCUGCCAUGCCCGCCUGCUGUGCGCCGUGCUGGGUUGCUGGGCAGCACGCACAGCAGGGGGGGCGUGGGGAACGCGAAUACAGUGAGAGGGAGGGCGAGCGGUGCGGAGGAGGAUGAGAGGGCGUGGCGGCAGUUUGAGAGGGCGCGCAUGGCUGCUGCUGCCCUGGGCAGUGGCGCUGCUGGCAGCGUGAGCAGGAGUGCAGGAGGCGGUGGUGCGAUGAUAGAGGGAGGCAGGGGGGCUGGGUUGGUGGGUGGUGGAACGAGAGGUGUGAGGGGCGCCAUGGGUGGGAGGGCGGGCGCUGCAUUGGUACCGUUACGUGGUGAGGCGCUGGUUCAUGGCCGCAGUGGCAGCAGGAGUGGCAAGGAUGGCAAUUCCACUGCAUCACUAUGCGCAUCCACGUCAGCAGGCAGCAGCCUUGUGUCAUCUGCCCUGCUCGCUGCCUCCCGUGCCCUGGCGGGCAAGCAGGCAGCAGCACCAUCCGCAAAGAUGCCUGCAGUGACAUCAGCGUCAGCAGCAGCAGUGGCGCCCUGCAGGUCAACAGCAGCACCUGCCACGUCCUCCUCACUACCUGCCAUGCCCUCCCUCUCUUCCCUCUCCUCCCUCUCCUCCCCUUCUGUGCCCUCGCUCCCGCCCGCCCCUCUUUGCCCUGCGCGCCCCCCAACGAUCCCAUGUGCUGCGGCUUCUGAGAGGAGAGCGCUGCAGGUGAAUGGCAGUGACGCGCUGUUCGGGGAGCAGGAGGAGCAGCGGCAGCACAGGGCAGAUGACGUGCACGGAGGCGCGGGGCUGGUGGGCGUGUGGGGGCUCCGACGAGUGAGGGAGAGGCGAGCGGGUGGCAGCGAACAGGAGAGGAUGGAGGGCGAGUGGCGGGGCGCGGUGCAAGAUGCAAGCGAGCAGGCGAAGCAGGUGCGCAGCACUGCCGUGAUCGUGAAGACUGAGAAGGGCGGUGACGAAAGGGAGAGUGGGUGUGGGAUGCUGAGCAAUGGGGAGAAGAUGGCACAGGGAGGGGGCGAGUGGAGAGGUGUGAAAGUGGAGUGCUGUGAUGGUGAUGAUGCGGCUGAAUAUGGUGGGUCGGUGGGCAACGUGGCGCAAGGACCAAGGGCAGCCAAGGCUGAAGAGGCUGUUGGUAGUGCCGAGGUGGGAAGAAGCGCGUGGGCGCGAGGUGGGGAGGAGUAUGGUGUGCGGAGUGGCAGGGCGAGUGGGAACACGGAUGGAGGCAGCAGCAGCUUGGUGCCGCUGGGGCAAGCAGGCUGUGGCAAUGGCGGGGGUGCGUUGAAAGGUGCGACAAAGGGAGGAAAGAAUGAAACGAGUGGGAGUGGUGAGAGCAAGGGUGGUGGAGGUGGGAGGGGCGGUGGGGAGGCGAAACUAGAGAGGGGCACGGGGAGCAGGAGCAGAGAGGGGGCAAGGGAGGAGAGGGAGGCAGUGGUGCGUGCAGUGAAGCGAUAUCUGCAUCCCCUCUAUACAAACAAAACGAUAAGUCGCGAGCAGUUCAAGCACGUGGCGCGCGGCGCCACGCACCUCUUCUGGGACCGCAUGGCCCAUGCACCCUCUCCACCGCUGCCCCUCGCACCACCGCCCUCGCUGCCCUCUCUCUGUAUCCGUGCCACCAGCACCUGUCAGCGCCCCUCGCCCCGCCACCCCUGCACCAGCAGCGUUACUCCCCGCUCGCCCCCUCCCUCCAUGCCCACCUGCCGUGAUGCCACUACCACACCAGGCACUCUCUCCGUCCCUUCCAAUGCACGCAGCUGCUUGGGUCCGGUAAGGGAGGGGCACGAGAAGGCAGCAGCACAGGGGAAGGACAUGGAAGGAGGGCGUGUUAGAGAGGGAGUGGGUGGCGACAAGUCCAACAAGAGCGGCUCAGAGGUGUGCCCACGUUGUGUAGACUGGUGUGUGAGGGCCUUCUUGCCCCCUGUUCAUGGUUGA